AUGCCUCAAGAAACGACUCAAGCUGAGAAGAUCGGUUCAAAGCAACCUCAAUACCAGCGCGACGGGGUUUCUCCAGCCAUGCAGAACUGGUUGAACCAGUCAAAACAAGCGGAGCCUUGGUCGCCUGUGCAUGUGCAGACACAACCAACAAGAACUCGAGCGGCUGAACCCCCCAAGCUGUGA